UGGUGAAUGGACGCAUUUUGUGACUUAGGAUGAGUUGGCGUUGGUCGUUUCCAUAGUGAGUCACGUGCAGACAUCACACCCUCUUAAGUCUUGUGUUCUGAUCUUCUUGGAUCUUCAGAGAUGUCUCCUGUCUCAGACGCUGCUUAUUGUAGAAGGGUCAGGUUGUCCUGAAACGUGUCUUUCCCAUAGAGUAGUCCCCCACCCCCGCUGUCAUCAUGGUGGCGCUGUCAUUGAAGAUCAGUAUUGGCAAUGUGGUGAAGACGAUGCAAUUUGAACCGUCCACAAUGAUUUAUGACGCCUGUCGUAUCAUCCGGGAGCGUGUCCCAGAGGCACAGAUCGGCCAGCCCAAUGACUUCGGUCUCUUUCUGUCCGAUGAGGAUCCCAAGAAAGGAAUCUGGCUGGAGGCCGGGAAGGCGCUGGAUUAUUACAUGUUACGUAAUGGGGACACCUUGGAAUACAGGAAGAAACAACGUCCUUUGAAGAUUCGAAUGUUGGAUGGUACAGUGAAAACUGUCAUGGUGGACGACUCCAAAACCAUGAGCGACCUAUUGAUGACAAUCUGUGCCCGAAUCGGUAUCACCAAUUAUGAUGAGUAUUCCCUGGUGCGAGAUGUGCUGGAGGAGAAGAAGGAGGAGAUCACUGGGACACUAAAAAGAGACAAGACACUUCUACGAGACGACAAAAAAAUGGAAAAACUGAAGCAGAAACUUCACACAGAUGAUGAAUUAAACUGGCUAGAUCCGGGACGGACCCUGCGGGAACAAGGAGUAGAUGAAAAUGAAACUCUGCUCUUGAGGCGCAAGUUCUUCUACUCUGACCAGAACGUGGACUCCAGGGACCCGGUCCAGCUGAAUCUCCUCUAUGUGCAGGCCCGGGAUGACAUCCUGAACGGCUCUCACCCCGUCUCCUUUGAUAAGGCCUGUGAAUUUGCCGGUUACCAGUGCCAAGUGCAGUUCGGACCACACAAUGAAGUGAAGCACAAGCCAGGAUUCCUGGAGUUAAAAGAUUUUUUGCCUAAAGAAUACAUCAAGCAGAAGGGAGAGCGGAGAAUUUUUAUGGCUCACAAGCAGUGCGGUAACAUGAGUGAGAUAGAGGCGAAGGCUCGCUAUGUGAAGCUGGCGCGCUCCCUGAAGACGUACGGCGUCUCUUUCUUCCUGGUGAAGGAAAAAAUGAAAGGUAAGAACAAGCUGGUUCCUCGGCUUCUGGGCAUCACCAAGGAAUGUGUGAUGAGAGUGGAUGAGAAGACCAAGGAGGUGAUCCAGGAGUGGAAUCUGACCAACAUCAAGCGCUGGGCAGCCUCCCCCAAGAGCUUCACACUGGACUUCGGGGACUAUCAGGACGGCUACUACUCUGUGCAGACCACCGAAGGCGAGCAGAUAGCCCAGCUCAUCGCCGGCUACAUCGACAUCAUCCUGAAAAAGAAAAAGAGCAAAGAUCACUUUGGUUCGGAGGGGGACGAAGAGUCGACCAUGCUGGAGGAUUCUGUGUCACCGAAGAAAUCCACCGUUCUUCAGCAGCAGUUUAACCAAGUUGGUAAAGUGGAGCACGGCUCGGUGGCGCUGCCAGCCAUCAUGCGCUCUGGGGCAGGUGGGCCUGAGAACUUCCAGGUGGGCUCCAUGCCUCAGGCGCAGCAGCAGGUGACCAGCGGACAGAUGCACUGGGGACACAUGCCACCACUGACCUCUGCCCAGCAAGCUCUGACUGGCACCAUCAACUCCAGCAUGCAGGCGGUGAACGCCGCCCAGGCCACCCUGGAUGACUUUGAUACUCUGCCACCUCUGGGUCAGGAUGCUGCAGCCAAGGCCUGGCGAAAAAACAAGAUGGAUGAAUCCAAGCAUGAAAUCCAUUCACAGGUGGACGCCAUCACUGCUGGGACUGCAUCUGUAGUGAACCUGACCGCAGGUGAUCCUGCCGACACAGAUUACACAGCAGUGGGAUGUGCCGUUACCACCAUCUCCUCCAACCUCACUGAGAUGUCCCGUGGUGUAAAGCUUCUGGCUGCUCUUAUGGAAGAUGAAGGUGGCAAUGGUAGACAGCUUCUCCAUGCCGCCAAGAACCUGGCAGGAGCGGUGUCUGAGCUUCUGAAGACUGCCCAGCCAUCGAGCACUGAGCCAAGACAGGUCCUUCUUCAGGCUGCUGGAAAUGUGGGCCAGACUAGUGGAGAACUGUUGCAGCAGAUUGGCGAGUGUGACACGGAUCCACGGUUCCAGAUCUCGGCAGCCAGAGCCACUCGUACUCCUACCACAAUGUCUGAUCAGAGAACGGACAUGCUGAUGCAAUUGGCCAAAGCCGUAGCGACUGCAGCAGCGGCUCUAGUUCUCAAGGCCAAGAAUGUGGCGGAGCGGUCUGAUGACCCCAUUCAGCAGGCCCAGGUCAUUGCUGCAGCCACACAGUGUGCACUGUCUACUUCUCAGCUGGUCGCCUGCACUAAGGUCGUGGCCCCUACAAUUAGCUCCCCCGUCUGCCAGCAACAGCUUCUGGAGGCUGGAAAGCAGGUGGCCAAGUCUGUGGAAGGCUGCGUGGAGUCAUCCAAGGAUGCUACAUCAGAUCCUGAGCUGCUGAAAGCAGUGGGGGUGGCAGCGUCGGCCGUCACCCAGGCUCUCAAUGACCUGCUACAGCACAUCAAAAACAAUGCAUCUGGAGCACCUCCUACCGGGCGGUACGACCAGGCCACCGACACCAUCCUUAAUGUGACUGAGAACAUCUUCAGCUCCAUGGGAGAUGCCGGUGAGAUGGUACGUCAGGCCCGGAUCCUCGCUCAGGCUACAUCUGAUCUCGUGGGCGCCAUCAAGGCAGAUGCAGAACAGGAGAGCGACCUGGAAAAUUCCCGAAAACUUCUCAGUGCUGCCAAACUUCUUGCAGAUGCCACCGCGAGAAUGGUGGAAGCAGCCAAGGGAGCCGCCGCUCAUCCGGACAGUGAGGAGCAGCAGCAGAAGCUGCGAGAAGCCGCUGAAGGUCUGCGUAUGGCGACCAACGCUGCUGCGCAGAACGCCAUAAAGAAGAAACUGGUGCACAAGCUGGAGCAAGCCGCCAAGCAGGCAGCAGCGGCCGCUACACAGACCAUCGCCGCAGCGCAGAACGCCGCAUCCAGCAACAAGAACCCAGCAGCACAGCAACAGCUGGUACAAAGCUGCAAGGUUGUAGCCGAUCAGAUCCCCAUGUUGGUCCAAGGAGUCCGAGGUAGCCAGUCCCAGCCCGACAGUCCCAGUGCCCAGUUAUCUCUGAUCAGCGCCAGCCAGAACUUCCUGCCGCCUGGAGGUAAACUGGUCGCUGCUGGAAAAGCUGCUGUUCCAACGGUGUCUGAUCCGGCGUCGGCCAUGCAACUCGGUCAGUGCACCAAGAACUUGGCUACCGCCCUGGCUGAGCUGCGGACGGCGUCACAGAAAGCGCAGGAGACCUGUGGUCCUCUGGAAAUUGAUUCUGCCUUGAGCCUCAUUCGAUCCUUGGAGCAAGAUCUAAAGGAGGCAAAAGCAGCGGCGAGAGAGGGGAAACUACAGCCUUUACCUGGAGAGAUGAUGGAGAAAUGCUCUCAAGAUCUGGGGAACAGCACGAAAGCAGUGAGCUCGGCCAUCGCACAGCUGCUUGGCGAGAUUGUCCAUGGAAAUGAGAAUUACACAGGACGCGCUGCCCGAGAUGUCGCCCAGGCCCUGAAGUCCCUGGCCCAGGCUAGUCGUGGUGUAGCUGCAAACGCUUCAGAUCCAGCUGUGCAGACCGCCAUGUUAGAGUGUGCGGGAGAUGUCAUGGACAAGUCUGGAAAUCUCAUUGAAGAGGCUAAAAGAGCCGUGGGUAAACCAGCAGAUGCCGAAGGUCAGCAGAGACUGGCUCAGGUCGCUAAGGCCGUGUCCCAGGCCCUGAACCGAUGUGUGAACUGUCUGCCCGGACAGAGAGAUGUGGACGCUGCAAUAAAGAGCAUCGGAGAAGCCAGCAAGAAGCUCCUGGCGACCUCUUUCCCUCCCAGCAACAAGAACUUCCAGGAAGCGCAGAGUCAGCUGAACCAGGCGGCGGCCGGCCUCAAUCAGUCCGCAAACGAACUUGUGCAAGCGUCCCGAGGAACCCCGCAGGAUCUGGCCAAGGCUUCUGGCAAAUAUGGUCAGGACUUCAAUGAGUUCCUCCUGGCAGGAGUGGAGAUGGCAGGACAGUCACAGAGUAAGGAGGACCAGGCCCAGGUCGUCUCCAACCUGAAGAGCAUCUCCCUCUCAUCCAGCAAGUUGUUACUGGCAGCUAAAGCGCUCUCUGCCGACCCCGCGGCGCCAAACCUGAAGAUCCAGCUGGCCGCUGCAGCCAGGGCGGUGACUGACAGCAUCAAUCAGCUGAUCACAGUCUGCACCCAGCAAGCUCCGGGACAGAAGGAAUGUGACAACGCUCUGCGUGAGCUGGAGACUGUCCGAGAACUGCUGCAGAACCCGACUGAGCCCGUCAACGACCAGUCCUAUUUCCACUGUCUGGACAGCGUAAUGGAGAACUCCAAGAUUCUGGGUGAAUCGAUGGCCGGAAUCUCUCAGCACGCCAAGACCAGUAAUUUACCGGAAUUUGGUGAAUCUGUUAGUACUGCCUCAAAAGCCCUGUGUGGUCUGACCGAGGCAGCGGCUCAGGCCGCAUAUCUUGUCGGAGUUUCGGACCCCAGCAGCCGCGCCGGUACGCAGGGUCUUGUGGAUCCCACCCAGUUUGCUCGAGCUAAUCAGGCUAUUCAGAUGGCAUGUCAGAACCUGGGAGACCCGGCCUGCACACAGUCACAGGUGCUGUCAGCUGCCACCAUAGUGGCCAAACACACGUCUGCCCUGUGCAACGCCUGCCGCCUGGCAUCCACUCACACCUCCAACCCUGUGGCCAAGAGGCAGUUUGUGCAGUCAGCUAAGGAGGUGGCCAACAGCACGGCCAACCUAGUGAAGACCAUCAAGGCCUUGGAUGGAGCAUUCAAUGAAGAUAAUCGGGUGAAGUGCCGUGAUGCCACCAUCCCACUGAUCCACGCCGUGGAGAACCUCACCGCCUUUGCCUCCAAUCCAGAGUUUGCUAGUGUUCCAGCGCAUAUCUCGCCGGAGGGUCUCCGCGCCAUGGAGCCCAUCAUCAGCUCCGCUCAGGCCAUGCUAGAAAGUUCCUCUGGCCUGAUCCAGACCGCACGUUCUCUGGCUGCCAACCCUAAGGACCCUCCGCAGUGGUCAGUGCUGGCCGGCCACUCCCGCACAGUGUCUGAUUCCAUCAAAAAGCUGAUCACUAACAUGAGGGAGAAGGCACCAGGUCAGAGAGAAUGUGACCAGGCCAUCGAGCUGCUGAACCAGGCGGUGAGAGAGCUGGACCAGGCCUCCUUAGAAGCCAUCAGUCAACAGUUGUUACCACGAGAGGGCAUAUCCCAGGAGGCCUUGCACAACCAGAUGCAGACAUCGGUGCAGGAGAUCAGUAACCUUAUAGACCCGCUGGCCGCAGCAGCGAGGGCGGACUCGUCACAGCUCGGACACAAGGUAUCUCAGAUGGCGCAGUACUUCGAGCCAUUGACCCACGCAGCUAUUGGAGCCGCCUCCAAGACCAUCAACCACCAGCAGCAGAUGAACCUUCUGGACCAGACCAAGACGUUAGCAGAAUCGGCCCUGCAGAUGCUCUACACUGCCAAGGAGGCUGGAGGCAACCCCAAGGUGGCAGCGCACACACAGGAAUCUCUGGAUGAAGCCGCCCAGAUGAUGCACGAAGCGGUGGACGACCUGACUGCCACUUUUAAUGAGGCAGCGAGUGCGGCAGGGGCAGUGGGGGGAAUGGUGGACUCUAUCACUCAGGCCAUCAACAAGCUGGAUGAGCAGCGCAUCGGGGAACCAGAGGGAUCCUUUGUUGACUAUCAGACGACAAUGGUGAAAACGGCCAAAGCCAUUGCUGUGACGGUGCAGGAGAUGGUCACAAAAUCCACCACGAAUCCUGAUGAACUGGGGACUCUGGCGAGCCAGCUUACUUCAGACUAUGGCCAACUUGCUCAUGAAGCAAAACCGGCAUCUAUGACGGCGGAAAAUGAAGAGAUUGGAUCCCACAUUAAGCAGCGGGUACAAGAGCUGGGCCAUGGUUGCUCUCAGCUGGUCACAAAAGCUGGUGCCCUCCAGUGCUGCCCAACAGACGCUUACACCAAGAGAGAGCUGAUCGACUGUGCACGACUUGUGUCCGAGAAGGUGUCUCAUGUUUUGGCCGCCCUUCAGGCUGGUAACCGUGGCACGCAGGCCUGUAUCACCGCUGCCAGCGCCGUGUCUGGGAUCAUUGCUGAUUUGGACACCACCAUUAUGUUCGCCACAGCUGGAACGCUGAACAGAGAGAACGCAGAGACGUUUGCGGAUCACCGCGAGGGUAUCCUCAAGACAGCUAAAGCUCUGGUAGAAGACACAAAGGUCUUGGUUCAGAAUGCAACGUCCAGUCAAGAGAAGCUGGCCCAGGCGGCGCAAUCAUCCGUGACGACUAUCACACGACUGGCUGAGAAUGUCAAGCUUGGCGCGGCCAGCCUAGGAUCUGAGGACCCGGAGACUCAGGUGGUUCUUAUAAAUGCAGUGAAGGACGUGGCCAAGGCUCUAGGCGAUCUGAUCAGUGCCACCAAGGCUGCAGCCGGGAAGUCCAGUGAUGACCCCUCAGUCUACCAGCUGAAGAAUUCAGCCAAGGUGAUGGUGACCAAUGUGACGUCUCUCCUGAAAACCGUGAAAGCUGUAGAAGAUGAGGCUACCAAGGGAACCCGGGCCCUGGAGGCCACAAUAGAACACAUAAGGCAGGAGCUUGCGGUUUUCACCUCACCGGAGCCUCCUCCUCAGACGUCCACCCCAGAGGACUUCAUUCGCACGACCAAAGGCAUCACCAUGGCCACCGCCAAGGCUGUUGCUGCCGGAAACUCGUGUCGUCAGGAAGACGUCAUUGCCACAGCCAACCUGAGCCGGCGGGCUAUCGCUGACAUGCUGCGCUCAUGCAAGGAAGCCGCCUACCACCCGGAGGUGAACGCAGACGUGCGCAUCCGAGCCAUGAGGUUCGGAAAGGAGUGCGCCACGGGCUACCUGCAGCUCCUCGACCAUGUGCUGGUGAUCCUUCAUAAGCCGAGCGCCGACCUGAAGCAACAGCUGGCGGCGUUCUCCAAACAGGUGGCCGGUUCAGUGACCGAGCUGAUCCAGUCUGCGGAGGCCAUGAAAGGCACCGAAUGGGUGGAUCCCGAGGACCCCACGGUGAUUGCUGAGAACGAGCUGUUGGGAGCUGCAGCCGCUAUAGAAGCCGCAGCCAAGAAGCUUGAGCAGCUGAAACCUCGUGCCAAACCCAAGCAGGCGGACGAGAGCCUAAACUUCGAAGAGCAGAUCCUGGAGGCAGCCAAGUCCAUUGCAGCAGCCACCAGUGCCCUGGUCAAAGCGGCAUCUGCAGCCCAGAGAGAGCUGGUGGCCCAGGGCAAGGUUGGAGCUAUCCCAGCCAAUGCAGUAGAUGAUGGCCAGUGGUCGCAGGGUCUGAUCUCAGCUGCCAGGAUGGUUGCUGCCGCUACAAGUAAUUUAUGUGAGGCAGCAAAUUCUGCGGUUCAAGGUCAUGCCAGCGAGGAGAAGCUGAUAUCAUCCGCUAAGCAGGUGGCUGCGUCCACAGCUCAGCUCCUUGUGGCUUGUAAAGUGAAAGCUGACCAUGAUUCGGAGGCCAUGAAGAGACUGCAGGUGGCAGGUAACGCCGUGAAGCGAGCAUCCGACAACCUAGUAAAAGCUGCUCAAAAAGCAGCCGCAUUCCAAGAGUAUGACGAGACGGUGGUGGUGAAGGAGAAGAUGGUGGGAGGGAUCGCACAGAUUAUUGCAGCUCAGGAAGAAAUGUUGCGUAAAGAGCGCGAGCUUGAGGAAGCGCGGAAGAAGCUGGCCAUGAUUAGACAGCAGCAGUAUAAGUUUCUGCCAUCAGAGCUGCGAGAAGACUCCCAGAACUGAAAAUUCGGCUGACUCAUUCCCACCCAACAUGCCAUUAACAUUUCCCAGCCCCCUCCUCCCCAACUACUGAGGCUUAACCGGCUUCUCCCGCUCACUAAUCACUCUUGCACAUGGGCCUCAGUAGUCAGUAUGAAUCCGGCGCUCUGGGACUUGGGGCCACAUGGUUCAUCUUCUUCCUCAGAUGCCUCAGCUGGAAAGAGCAGAACACGUUGUGUGAAUACUGUCCGUUCCCGGCUUGUGAACGGUUUGUUUUGUACUGGUGGUGCCUUAAUGCCCUGACGCUGGCUUGUGAGCAGGGCUGAUGCCCUGUCUGUGCUGUAUUAACCUCCAGCUGCUUGCCUCUCCUGCUGUCCUCCGCUGUGCACUCACAGGGAGGUGGAGUGAAUGCUGUGUGCCUGGUGACCUCUGUGUAUGUGCGACCACAUGCCGACAAGUGCCUGAACGUGCCGUGCACAAUCAAACUGUUACUCCUUACCGUGCCGCGCGCUUCCUCGUCUCCCCGUGACAUCCCGUUACAUUUCUAUAUAAAGUAUAUAUUUUUAUUUUGCAUUUUGUUGAAAUUUUAUAUGCUGUUCUGAUGGAGCGUGAGCGAUGCCGUCUGUGCUGCUCACUUCCAUGGCUCCACCAAAACUCUUCUCACCAAUAAAUAUCUUCACCUCGGA